CCCUGAUGAUAACCCCAAAAAUAGACACUCAGCUAAGCUCUCAUGGCAUCCCAUCUCACCAUCAAAUACACGAGCCGAGAGCUUCUGAGGCUUAGUAUACCUACAGAAGCCAUGGACAGCAGGAGGGGAAUCGCAUACGCUGCUCUGACCAUCAUCUUGAUCGCCUCCAUUCAGGGCUCGGAGUUUAGACGGGACGAAAGUCAGGAGGAUCAAAAGACGGAGUUCAACCUGGCCUCGACUUUGGCGGGCGGCAUUUCCAGCAGUCGCCACCGCCAGCGGGCCAAUCUCAACUCGCCACUUUACCCGGGUCUUACUCAGCUAGGAGGGGGUUACGGUGCGGGAGCAGGAGCAACUGGAUCCAUUGAUGAUGCCCAUGGCCAUGAGCAGGGCGGCUCUGGCGUCCGAGUGGCCAGUACGAACUCUAUUGCUUUCCCCGGCAAUCAGUUACCCAAUCCGGCACUAACAAUUACAGGAGGUAACCGGUUUCCAGCCUACCCACCUCCAGGAUUUCCAAGCCAACAGGCUCCAGUUCCGUAUCCAGCUGCAGGAGGGUCUUCUUCAGGUGGUUUUCAAAGUACAGGGGCUGGUGGUGCUCCUGGUUAUCCUGCCGCGGGCGCAGUUCCGGUUCAGUAUCCCACUGGAGUUCCGCCACAGCAACCAGUGGGUACAGGAGCUCCUGGUUACUUUCCAGGACCUGGCGCCUAUCCCGGCUAUCCUUAUCCAGGAGUUUACUUGCAACAGUACCCAGGCUAUCCCCAUCCAGCUCAGUUUCCGGCCUAUGGAGUGGUUCCUGGUGCAGUUGCCCAGCCUGCCGUUCCUGGAGUAGCUGGAGUGCCCGGAGUUCCUGGAGUACAAGGAGUGGCAGGAGUGCCGGGAGUCCCUGGAGUACAAGGAGUGGCAGGAGUCCCCGGAGUAGCUGGUUACGGUCCUGCCACUAGCAGCCAGAACUUCCAUCGCUAUCCGGAUCACAAUGCCGCCGAUCGCAACAACUGGGAUCACCAUUUCUCCAUGAACACCGAGUACAAGGAGGAUGGAGUCCACAAGGGGCCCUUUGGAGUGCUCAACAACCACAAUGCCUUUGGCUAUGGCAGUGGCUACGGGGGUGGCUACAACGGCGCCUUCAACUCGCCGGCCUACUGAAGCUGGACGGGAUUACGGAUGGACCGAGGUGAUGGUGGUGAGGCGUGAAGUAAUCCGAGUCGUAGUCAUAAGUUGGCGGCUCCCUCUUUGGCCAGGGACAGCUGUCUCCGCCUAUCCUUCCGAGUGUUUGCCCUGUGAAAUAAACUUGAUUUCUGCACACCCAA